AUGGAUGGAGACUCAGAGCAUGACAAAGUUGAAGAUGUUGUGGGCUGCCACGUUGAAGAUGCUGUAACAUUUUGGGCACAGAAUGUCAGUAGAUGUAAUGACCUCUUGAAAUUAAGUUGUGCGCUGGCAGAAGCUUGUCCUCGGGCUAAUGCAGUUUUUGGCAAACCUGAUUUUAGUAAGAUUUAUGGUGGCUGUUUUUCUGAAGAUAGAUGUUGGUACAGAUGUAUGGUACAGCAAGUGAUCAACAAUGAAAAGUGUCAGGUAUUGUACAUUGACUAUGGAAAUUCUGAGGUUCUGAACAGGUCAGACAUAGUUGAAAUUCCACCAAACUUGCAAUGUCCGAGUGCUGCCAAGAAGUACAGGCUCUGGGGACUGCAGAUACCAACUGAUCAGAACUUAAACAUGUUUGACCAGGGGAAGAAGUUCUUGAGCAGCCUAGUUUUCGAAAAAGAAAUAAAAAUACGUCACAAAGCCAAGCACGAAGAUGGUACCAUUAUUGCCCAGGCAGAAUAUGAAAAAAUAGAUGUUGGAGAAGAGGUGGCCAAGGCAGGGUUUGCUGAAAAAUGCACAUCUCCAGGAAACACUAAAGAUGUGGAAGAGAGAAAAGUAGAUGUCAUGCAAAACCAACAUCAGAAGAUAAAAGUUUCAGUUCCGCUGUGGGUAAACAGGUCUGAUCGCGCGCUGUACAGCAUCCCAAGAGGGCGCUUUGACCAAGUAGUUGCCAGCGCAAGGAAUCAGAAUUCUACUGGAAACCGAACGUUCGCCCCAAAGGAAAAAAUGCUAGCUUCUACCUCAGCGCCAGACACCAGCUUGGCGCAAAUAAGACCAGAUCAGAAGCUGUCCGAAGAGAAAGAAGUUCUCAGAAGGGAGAAUGUAAAUCUCUUGCAGAGGCAGAAGGAACUAGAACUGAAGGUUCUACAGCUGAAACGUGAACUUCAGGUAUGUGGAAAUAGAGAGAAGGACUCAUCCAGGAAAAUUGCUGAAAGUUUUGAGGAAACCCUACGUACUUAUAUUGGAAUGAAAAUGAGAAGUUUGGCUGCUAAGGUGAAGGCACUGAAAGAAGUUAGGCACACGAAUAAGAACAGUUGUUUCGGGGAGCAGCUCUCACAAGCCAUAAAAGUAGUUACAGAAGAAUGUCUCACUGUUCCGUGUUCCUUGGAAAAAUUGCAGAAGAUUUGGACAGAGUAUAACUUGGCUCAAGAAGGGCUUCAGUUAUGCAGAAAUGUGGAUGAAAGAGAUGAAUUGAUUACCAAGAGGGAUGAGGUGCAGCAGAACUUGUAUUCAGCAGCGGAAGAAUUAAUUUUGGAAGUGGAUCAACUGCCCCUCUCUGGCCGCUCAAGAACAUUACAG